AUGAAAUUUAAAUUAGUAGAAUAUUUACAUCUAUUUUUUAUAUUUAAUUUUGAUAUAAAUGCUUUACCAAUCGAUGUCAAAAUAUCUCAGAUAAAUAAUAGUACAUUGAAUCUCAAAGAAAAAGUAAUACUUUCCGAAUAUUCUAAAGAUAAAUUAACAUCAGAUUUAAGUACUUCAUUAAAAAUACCAAAAUUUCAAAUACCAAAAAAUUUUAAUCCAUUACAAAUAGCAAAAAAUUUAAAAGAUUUUGGUAUUCAUAGUUUAAAAGAUGAUAAACAUAUUGAAGGUUUACCAUUGGAUCGUUAUGGACAAGUUAAUCCACAUUUUCAUAAAGAAAUUUUUUUGGGUAAUCAUGAAUUAUUUGACUCGGAUAUUCAACGUGAUGAAAUAAAGUUACAUAAAAAAUUAGAAGAAAUAUUUCAAGAAGCAGAUUCAAAUCAUGAUGAACGUUUAUCAAAAGAUGAAUUACUUAAUCAUGCACUAAGAAAUGUACAACAACAUUUGAAAGAAGCUAAAGAUAAAAAUUCACAAUUAUUUUUAUUAAUCGAUACAAAUCAAGAUGGUAAAAUAACAUGGCAUGAAUAUAUUACAUUAUAUAUUAAAUUUCAUAAUGUAAGUGCAUACAAUAACACAGAUUUCCAUGAUACUAAUUUUAUUCUAGAAUCAACUGAUCUUGAUUUACGACGAGAAGUUUAUAAAAUUCGAUUUCGUUGGACACAAGCUGAUAAUGAUGGAGAUAGUGAACUUAAUAUGGAUGAAUUUCUUGAAUUUCGUCAUCCUGAAAUACUUGGCCGUUCAUAUAAAUAUAUGGUUGAAGAUACUCUAGUACAAAUGGAUCGUAAUGAAGAUAAUAAAAUAAGUGAAGAUGAAUUUUCAUUUUUACCUCAAACUAUAGUUGAAGAUCAAAAUAAGAAAGAAUCGGCAGAAGCAGAUAAACAAUGGUUAGAAGAACAAAAACGAGAAUUUCAUGAAAUGGAUGAAAAUGGGGAUGGUUUUUUGACCAAAGAUGAAUUAUUGCAAGCCUAUAAUCCAAUGAAUCGAGUACAUAUCGAUAUGCAAAUCAAAAAAUUAUUUUCAAAAGUUGAUGAUUCACCAAAAGACAAUUCUUUAUCAUUAAGAGAAAUUAAAAAACAUGCUAAUAUUUUUACUAAUAUGAAUAUGUUAGAUGCCGAUGGAGUAUUACAUGAUGAAACUUAA